AUGUUCAGCCAUCCAGGUGCCAAUUUCCUCAUCAAAUCUGAAUUCAUCAUGUAUCUAACCGACAAUUGUUCUGAUUUGCCUUUAUUCCUUAUAAAUCUGAAAGUGUUGACAUGUGGAUCACCUGGAACCAUAGCUAAUGGUCAGGUUCAUGGCAACAGCUACAACUACGGCAACACCGUGAGGUAUUCUUGUAACACGUACUACAACAUGACAGGCUAUUACAGACAGACGUGUCAGGAUAACGGAAGUUGGAGUGGAGUAAAACCAAGAUGUAUAUUUGUGAACACGUGUGCCAGUAACCCGUGUAAGAACUCUGGCACGUGUGUGGAUGGACUUGACGAGUACAUCUGUAGAUGUCGAACAGGGUACAGCGGAGUACACUGUGAAAAUGAUAUUCAGCCGCCGGUGUUUACAAACUGCCCACGAAGUUUCACUGCGCAUGCUACUGGCCAUAGCCUGAACAUGACCUGGAUAGUUCCUCGAGCAUCAGACCCACUGGGUCACGAGGUCACCGUUAUCACUAACUACCCGGAUGGCUGUGCCCAACUUCCGUGGGAUAAUUUCACCGUGCAGUACGUGGCCACGAAAGCGUUUAAUGGACUCCAGUCAUUUCAGUCAGACCAACUGGUGCGUAUAUGGACGAUGGACAAUUAA